CUGUGUGCUGUCAUUCGGAUUUAUUAUCCGCGGGGUUUUUUGUUGUGGGUUUGAUCCAAACGAAAUCUUGGCGUCAAAGCUUAGCCUCUCCCCACCCGAAAAUGAGCACAUUUCCGGGUUACAUUCCUGAGCUGCCCGGUAUUGCCAUCGAUCGGUUCGACCAGCCGAUACGUGACCGAGCCAACGUGUUCUUCCUUUCCCACUGCCAUGUGGAUCAUAUGUACGGUUUGGCACAGAACCAGGAGCUUCCCGGUCCGCUGCACGUGAGCUCCCAUUCAGCGGUAAUCGUAGGACUUCGCUUUCCAAAGCAGACCGUGUACAGGAUACCGAUCGGGGAGCAGCUGAUCCUGUCCAUUAGCUCACCGACCGGUGAGAGCACAUACGAGCUGUGCGUACGCACCGUACCGGCUGAGCAUUGUGUUGGUUCGGUAAUGUUCUACUUCGAAACCAAAACCGUCCGCUUGCUGUACACUGGCGAUUUCCGGUUAUCGGCCGAAAGCAUGGCCGUUAUCGAACAGGAUCACAUCAGGCCGGAAAUCGUUUACCUCGACUCUACCUUUCUCGACAGAGAGUACGCAUAUUUUCCAACGCGUCAGGAAAGUAUGAGCCGUAUCAUUGAGAUCUGUUCACAAUGGCUAGAUGCCGACCCGCGAAAUAUCGUGUCGCUAUGGCUACCGGCGACCUACGGAUCGGAGGAAUUGUUACACCAGCUGUGCAUACAUCUGCACCACCGCAUACACAUCUCUUCAUCCCAGCGCGAAACGUACAACCAUUUCGAAAUAUUAAAGAACGUUUUCACCGACGAUCCAGUGGGUGCGCGCAUACAUGUCUGCAAUGGUAUAAGACUGCAAGGUGAAAAGGCGUGCCGCGAAACAAAUACAAACCCCAAAUAUGUACUGACCAUCCGCCCAUCCGCCCGCAAGUGGCGUAACUUAAGACGCGAAGAACCAUUCUGGAUGGAGGGCAAUAAAAAUGUCUGGUUUGUUUGCUACUCUUCGCAUGCCAGCAGUACGGAGCUGCUAGAAUUCAUACGCACCCUUCAGCCGGAAGCACGAGACAUUCGGUUUAAUGUGGUACAGGAUGAAACCGACCGUAUGCGUAAAGAACAAUACUUACAGUCGUUGUUAUCGCCGGACGGUACUGCCAAGGAUGAAGACGUGAACUCAGAAUCAAAUGAAAUUUUUAACUUGCCACAUAUGUAUUUUGGUGCCAAUGAACAGAUGGAUGAUUGGGAGCGAAGUGACAGUGACGAGGAGAGCGAUAAUGUAUCGAUGUCACCACCAAUUAAAAUGGCAAAGCGCUGUUCGGAUUGA